UACACAAUUAUCAAAAUUAAUUGAAUAUGUUAGAUGGCUGAUCGUAACAAAUAACUCAGCGAUAGGAAUGCGACGACUCUUUCCAUGUUGGGAUGUACCCGGAUUAAAAGCUGAAUUUGUCAUUGUUAUAAAGGUUCCUGAAUAUUAUAAUGUUUUUUCAAAUCCUUUUCUUUUUGCAUCUACGUCAAAACCGCCUUUGAUGAUACACUAUAUCGUAACUCCUGAAAUACCCACGUAUCGAAUAGGAAUUGUGAUAUUUGAUAAGCAUGAUUAUACUAAUAUUUCUCCCUUACAAAACCUCAAAUUAUGGAGAAGAGAGUUGAUGGAAGUACAAUGGGAUCAAAUUUUGAGAUUAAUUGAAGAUGUCACACGUACUGUUGAACAUACAUGGCAAUUACAGGAAGGAUAUUUCUUAAAAAAUCAAUUUGCGAUCGCAGGUUUGACAGAUGAUGGCGUGGAUAAAUUGCAGUUCGUACUUUACAGAGAAGAAGAUAUUAUUUACAAUGAAAAAAUAGAUCCCAUUGCACGCAAAAUAGAGUUAUCACGUAAAAUAGGACGUAAAGUGGUUGGUCAAUUGUUUGGUACCGCGGUUAGUCCAUCAUGGUGGUCUUGCAUGUGGCUGAACGAGGGUAUUGCUACGUUGUUCGGCGUGUAUACAAUCAAUCAGGUAUUUUUUCACGUGUGAUAAUACUUUCAAAGAAAACUGAAUAUAAGUUUUAAAACACACGAGGAGAGAAAGAAUAUUUUCAAUGAUAUUUAAGUUGAAUGUAAAGAAUUUUGCCGCAUUCAAGUGACAUCUUUUAUAAAAUUUAUUUAAAAUAAUUUAAUUAUAUUGUUAA